AUGCCUGCAGCUGCAAACAGCGGACCUGUCACUCGCCGACAGAGCAAGAGGAAAUCCACUGCGAUCACAGAAGACUCUGCCGAGUCCGCAGAAUCUGUAGCGAAGCGUGUCAAAACCGAAGCCGCGACACAAGAUCAAUCGCAAAUCGAGGGCGAACCUGGCAAUGCUGAUGAAUUCGAAACCGUUGUUGCCGAGAUGAUUAUGAACAACAUCAACAACGAGGAUGGUUUGUCGCCAUCAUCAGAAGAGGAGCCAGAGAUACCCGCCAGACCGGCCACCGUCGGAGAACUUCUGAAUCAAUAUCUGCUCGAACGUACGCAAACUAUCAACGGCAUCUCGCAACAGUUCAACCAGCAGUUCUCCGAUGAGGCAAUGUCGAGAUUCGGCUGGACCAAGGAAGGCGAAGUGGUUGAGUGGCCUAGUGAUGGUGUUCCAGCCCUUCUGCCUGAAUGGCAGAGAAGCUAUGCCCUCAAACGGGACAUUGAGGUUUUCAAGGGAUAUAGCAGCUACAAGGCGAAGGAGGCCAAACAUGCUCUGCAAGCUGUCAGAGCCCUCGAGCAAUGCAAGCGUGCAAAGGACCGAGUCAUCGGUGACGAAGCAUUUAUCAAGAAGUGGCAGCUGAGAUGGCAAAGGGAGAUUUUGGCGCAGUCCGAGCUCAUGUUCAAUUCGAUAUUGAAGCCUCUUCAGAGCCACAAAAGGACUUUGGAGGUGACGGGACAGAACUUGAGUAAUGAGAUCACUGGGUUCGCAAGGCGUCAGACUAUGUAA